AGUCAAGUGCAGACAAACAAGCACCGCACUCCAACGACACCCCUGCGAGGACCACACUGGUUUAUCAUAAUUUUUAUUCUAAAAUCGGACUUGUGUUGAUUAAUUUUGUCAUCCAUGGAUUGAACAAUUGGGUAAAGAUCACAACUUUAUGAUGUUGGGUUUAUAGUGUGUUGUUAUGCAACAUGGAAUCUCAAUUAGUUGACAGAAAUGAUGCUAUGGAAGUUUCUGGGAAUAUGGAUUUGAUUACAUAUGAAGUUCAGGUAGAUCAAGAAACAUAUGAAGUGGAUCCAAACGAGGGGUGUAGAGUACUAGAGACUUCUUCUGGGGGAGAGUUGGGUAUCUGUGAUGAUGAUCAUGCUAUUCAGGAACCAUAUGAAGGCAUGGAGUUUGAAUCUGAAGAUGCUGCUAAGAUAUUCUACGACGAAUAUGCACGACGUGUAGGAUUUGUCAUGCGUGUGAUGUCAUGCAGACGCUCAGAAAGGGAUGGAAGGAUUCUUGCCCGCAGGCUUGGGUGCAACAAAGAGGGUUAUUGUGUCAGCAUCCGAGGGAAAUUUUCAUCAGUUCGUAAACCUAGGGCCAGCACAAGGGAAGGGUGUAAGGCAAUGAUUCACAUCAAAUAUGAGAAAUCUGGAAAAUGGGUGAUAACAAAGUUUGUGAAGGAUCAUAAUCAUCCAUUAGUAGUCUCUCCUCGUGAAGCACGCCAAACAAUGGAUGAGAAGGAUAAGAAAAUUCAGGAAUUAACAGCAGAGCUUCGGCAUAAAAAACGGUUGUGUGCGACAUAUCAAGAACAACUUACUUCCUUUAUGAAGGUUGUUGAAGAGCACAAUGAAAAGCUAUCUACGAAAAUUCAUCGUGUAGUUAAUAAUCUCAAAGAAUUUGAAUCCAUAGACGAGAUUUUGCACCAAACAUAGCCGUGAAUCAGGUAGCGGUUGAUCACUAAAAAGUUUUGUCAUGUUGAAAGAAUGAUACUUCAAUCCAUCAUGAACUGCACACUCUGAUUCAAUGAAUACUUUGGUAAGGCCAGUCUUGCCACAGAGAAGUCCACCAUAUGUGUAAACUGUGAAAUUUUAUACCUUGUCACAGUGCCUUGUAAUCUUUGUAUACUUUUUGUACUCCCCUCAUAUUACACAAGAAAAUGUAAACAAUAAUACUGUGAAAUACUAAGUUUGAAACUAUUGUAACACAAUAGUAUUCUUGAUA